GAGAAAUAAAAAAUAGAAGAGGAUUCUGCGGCACGAUAUAUUGACCGAGUUCACUGCCACCACUGGAAAAAAAACUGAAACCCUUAAAGGGGGAGACUGAUCGGAGAAGACGACUUCUAUAGAUCGGUAAAUGGAAUUGCGGAAGUCGGAGGAGGAGGAGGGGAUCGAGAGCGAUAGGCCUGUGCGGGUUUACGCCGACGGUAUAUACGAUCUCUUCCAUUUCGGCCAUGCACGAUCCCUCGAGCAGGCUAAGAAGUUGUUUCCAAACACUUAUCUUCUUGUAGGAUGCUGCAAUGAUGAACUUACUUAUCGGUAUAAGAGCAAGCCUGUUAUGUCUGAAUCUGAACGUUAUGAAUCUCUACGCCAUUGCAGGUGGGUCGAUGAAGUGAUUCCCAAUGCUCCUUGGGUUAUCACUCGGGAAUUCCUUGACAAGCACAAUAUUGAUUAUGUUGCUCAUGAUUCUCUCCCAUAUGCUGAUGCAAGUGGAGCUGGAAAGGAUGUUUAUGAAUUUGUCAAAUCCGCUGGAAAGUUUAAGGAGACAAAGCGCACUGAAGGGAUAUCUACAUCUGAUAUUAUAAUGAGGAUUCUCAAAGAUUAUAACCAGUAUGUUAUGCGAAACUUGGCUCGUGGUUAUAGUAGGAAGGAACUUGGUGUCAGCUAUGUGAAGGAAAAGAGGUUGAGAGUGAACAUGGGUAUAAUAAAGUUGCGUGAAAAAGUGAAGCAGCAGCAGGAAAAAGUAGGAAAGAAGCUUUACACGGUUGCAAAAACUGCAGGCAUACUGCACGACGAAUGGGUAGAGAAUGCAGAUCGCUGGGUCGCUGGAUUUCUCGAGAAGUUCGAGGAAGGCUGUCAUUCUAUGGGAACUGCGAUCAAAGAGCGAAUCCAAGAGAGAUUGAGGGCCAAGUCCAGAGAUUUCAGCCUGCUGCUGUAUGAUUCAGAUUAGCUGCAUCUUCAAAAGAUGUUAUGGCUGCGUGUAAAUGUCUUAAGUUUUGAUAAUGUUUGUUAUUGUGAUUUUCUUUUUUGUUUUUUCAAGGGGAGGAAACAGCUGACCCCUUCUGAGCGAUUUUCUUCAUGUAAUUAUAUAUCGUGCAACUCGUUCUUUGUUGUGAAAGUUGUACACGAACUCUUCAACAAUGGCUUGUUUGGUUGGAGUUUACAUGUGAUGUGUUCUUUGCAUGUUUGUACAAA